AUGCCAUCCGCAGACGAGGUGAAUCAGUUGCGCGCCACGGGAGAGCUGUAUCGGGAUGGCGUGUUCAAGCUUCAGGUGAGUGUGGGCAUGCGCUUCGCUUCGCUUCGCGAUGCGCGACAACCUAAUCCGAGUGUCUUUGCUGACGCCACGCGACGCAGAUCGAAGCAAUGCUGCCUGCUCUACGUCCACGCUACGACUCGACUGGCACGCUGGAUGUGGCCCUGCAUCGACUCAAGGCGCACCUGGAUCAGCUGCCCACGCUGCCAGGCGUCCCCUUUGACUCGGCUCAAGCAUCGCUCCACAACGCCUUUCCUGGCGUCCACGUCCGCAUCCCUUGGCCAGGCGCUGCACCUCGGGGCAAGCACGCCUACGCCUUUGCUCCUCCCACAGCCGUCCAUCUCGUCGGUUCUUGGCCUCUUCGCACAGCAGCCAUACGAUCUGCACCGAUCAAUGUCGACAUGGACGUGCAGAUGCCAAGCUGGCUCUUUUCCGUCAAGGAUGUGCGCGCAGGCAGGUAUGCGGCCAAGCGCGCCUUUUACUGCGCCGCACUAGCAGCUUCCAUUGCCUCUGCUCCUCAUCUCGGCCUUCGUGUGCGCUUCGAAGCGGCGGCGGGGGCGACGGCGACGGCGGCGACGGCGGACGCGCGCGUCGAUGCCCACACCACGCUCGUCUUGCUGCCCCGCAAAGACCAAAAGGAGACCGACUUUUCCAAACAAAAAGUCGUCGUGCGCAUCCACUUGUCCCACGCGUUGGGCCUUUUUCCUCUUCGCAGGUUGGGUCCCGCGAGGGCCGACAAAGUGAGCGUCGACGAAGCGCACGAGGGUGCUGCGUCACACGCGCACGACAGCAGCAUCCUUCGCGAUAGUCUGCGCGUGGCGCACCUCUUUUAUCUGCACGCCACUGCAUCCUCUUGUCCAGCAUUCGCCGAUGCCUGUCUCCUGCUCAAGACGUGGGCCUUCAAGAGGGGUUUGGGGGGCGGAGAUAGAGCUUGCGCAGUGGGGUCCGCAUCCGCACGAUUCCUCUUGACCAUGAUCCUCGCCCAUCUCCUUCACGAUGGCGCAGGCGCAGGCUUUAGCAGCUAUCAACUCUUUCGAGCCGUGCUGGAUUUCUUGGCGCGACGCUUGAGCAAGGUCGCCUUUAUGAAGCACAUUGCCGGCAUUCCCAAUCACACUGCCGACAUUUCGCGCCAGCAGUGGUUCGCGCCCUGCCUCGUGGACCCGACUGGCGCUCUGAAUUUAUUGGCAGGCAUACCCCAAGGUACGCUCUCGCACAUGGCAGCAUCCGCCAGCGCCUCGAUCGCGCUGUUGGACGUUGCGGGCGGGGAUGCAUUUGCGGAGCUAUUCAUCGACGACCGCAGCUCUCCUCUGCUGACGUUUGACGAGGUGGCCAGCGUGGGUGCGAGCGUCGCGACCACGGACGCCCUCGCGAGCCUGGCACUCCGCGCACUCGGAUCGCGCGCCAAGUACGUCGCUUGCUUUGAUGGCGGCGCAUCUACGUGGUCCAUCGACUCGCCUCGCCCGUGCAACGACAACGUCGACCUCGCGCUUGUGCUCGACGCCGAACACGCUCUGCGAUUGGUGGAGCAUGGACCAGCGCCAGAAGACGCUGCAGGCGCACAAUCCUUUAAGCAAUUCUGGGGAGACUUGUCAGAGUUGCGUCGAUUCCGCGACGGUCGCAUCGUCGAAGCCGUCGUCUGGCCGGCCGAGGGACGCGGACGAAUCCCUCGAAAGAUGGUGGAGCACAUUCUUGCUCGUCACGCGGGCGCCCGCGCGCAGGCGGUGCAGUGGCAUGCCGACGCUUACGAGGGCUUGUUGCAGCUGCCUGCAAUCAUCGAAGCGUGCGCAUCGCUGCAAGACACCAGCAAGACCGGCUUUCAAGCCGUGCAAUCCGCCUUUGAACAGCUUUGCCGCGCAUUGCGCGCAUUGCAAGGCUUGCCGCUCGCCCUGAUCGCCAUCGCUCCAGCAGCGGAAGCUCUUCGAUGCACCAGCGUAUUCAUUCCCCCGCCGCUCGUACUGGACAAUCUCGGCACUCGAAUACCCGACGCGGCAUCCCAUCUGCCCGCACACGACCUCAUCCUCACGCUAGAGAGUUCGGGAAAAUGGCCAGACGAAUUGUCAGCGAUUCGAGCAAUGAAGCUGGCCUUUUACCAAAAGAUGGCCGAAAUGUUGCCGCUCGCGCUCGAGGGAUCGCGCGCCGUCGUGGUGCGCAGCGACGCCGACGCGGACGACGACGGCGACGACGACGACCACCUGGAAAUCACCCUCAGCCAAGGAUUCGCAUUUCGCGCUCGCAUCCACCACGAGCGGGAGCGCACCUUGUUGGCGCGGGCGGGCGCGCGCGCGGGCGCAGCCCUCGCACGCCAUUCUCGCCGUUUCGACGUCUCUGCCCGUCAUCACGCGCUCGUCUCUACGCUUCAAAAUCGCUUCAUUGCAUUUUCAGAGACGUGUCGAUUGCUAAAGAGGUGGACAUCGUGUCAGAUGCUCUCCCACAUUGCCCCCGAACUGCUCGAACUGGUCGUCUUGCGCGUAUUCUUGGCCGCGUCGCGUGCGCCGUGCAGCGCCUCUGCGGGCUUUCUGCGCUCCUUGCAGAUGCUCGCGCUUUGGAAUUGGAAAGAGGAAGCGCUGCUCGUAGCAGGACAUGCAGCCGUGGAGCAAUCGGAAGAAGAUGUGCGCGCGGGAAAGCUUGCAAAGUUUGACGUGGAUGCGGCGUUGCGAGCGCAAGACGACCUUAAAACGCUUCGAGCGCAAGAUCCUUCUUGCGAGACGCGAGCUUGGAUCAUUGUCACGGAGAUGGAUUUGAAGGGUGCGGAUUUUGCCAGCAGAGGACCUACAGCUGCAGAGGCGCACGCGAUGCAGAGAUUGGCCGGUGCGGCGUGUGCCAUUAUCCUAGAGAGGGGGGCGGGCAUGAGCGCCAUGGAAGUUCGAGUGAGUGGUGCGAGCGAGCGAGCGCGGCGCGGCGAGCGAGCGAGCGCGACGCUGACAUUGCGUGCGCUGACCAUCCACACGCACACGCGCGCGCAGUCCAUCUUUACGCCCUCUCUCUCGCACUACGAUUUCUUGAUCCACCUCGAUCCCACCGUGCUGCCACGCUACGCUCAAUCGCUCGCAUUCGACCCCUCUGCGAUCGCGAGCGCGCAGCAGCACGCACGCACGAAAUUUGCCAACUUGGCGUCGCCGUUUGCCGCGUCCCGCUUUGGCAUCUUGCCUCGACCAGCAUUCGAUGUCGGAUCGGAUUUCGUCAAUCUGUUGAUGGUGAGUGCGUGCGUGCGUGCGUGCGUGCAAGCGAGCCCUCGCGCUGACUGACUUGAACGCGCGCGCGCGCCCGCAGUCCCUCUUUUCGGAUACGCUGCGAUUGUUCUACGAUGCGCACGGAGGAAGCGUCAUUGGCGGAUUGUGGAACCCGUCUUUGCUGGCUGAAAGACCCUUUAAGCCGUUGCUGGGCUAUUCUAGCGUGCCGUGCGGCGGCGAUGGCAAGGACAAGAUGGUCAGGCUGAAUUGCGAGGCGGUCUGCGAGGAGAUUGAGAGGCUGGGAAAGGGCAUCGUGGUUGGUGUGCAGCGCGUGAGCCGGCGUGGUGCGGGUGUGGGUGCGGGUGCGGGCGUGUGA